UGCAACUGCCUAAAAUAAUUCUCGUGACGGCGUGUGACUCGCUAUUCACAGGACUUGCUUUUUCACAAUUUUCUUCCACCAGGAAGGCUCAACAAGAAUAUUAUUCCGUCAAUGUGGAGAGGACUUGCUUUAGGACGCCGUGACUACAGUCUUAUGGAGUUUCUGAUCGAUAGUGGAGACUGGUGCCAGGCCCAACACUACAAGUGAACCUAUUUUCGAAGCGCUUUAUUACUUAGAAAUCGAAUUGAAUGGGGUAGCUUUUACCUCGAACUGAAAGAAUAGUUUUAACUCAUGAAAUGUGAUAUUUUAAAACCGUAUGAAAGUGUAAAAUUGUUAAGAAAUAUCGACAUGAAAAUGCCUACAACAACUACAACAUCGCAAGCGAGGUCAUUCCAUGGGCCAGGUCCAGUGGUACUUGAACACAAGAACAUGAAAUUCUUGAUAACAGAUAGGCCAACAAACACGAAUUUGCCUCAAUACAUUACAGAGCUGAAGAAAUACUCCGCUCAAACAGUGGUUCGAGUAUGCGAGCCAACCUACAACACGGAAUCUCUCCUAAGAGAAGGAAUUAUAGUCAUGGACUGGCCAUUUGAUGAUGGUGCUGCUCCACCAAAGAAAGUUGUAGAUGAYUGGCUGAGGCUCAUUAAAGGAAAUUUUAAAGAAAAGCCAGGAUCUUGUGUGGCUGUUCAUUGUGUGGCUGGUCUGGGAAGAGCUCCUGUUCUUGUGGCUCUAGCACUUAUUGAAAGUGGAAUGAAAUAUGAGGAUGCUGUAGAAUUUAUUAGAAGGAAACGUAGAGGAGCCAUUAACGCAAAGCAACUAGCCUACUUAGAGAGAUACAAACCAACCAAGUUACUAAAGGAAAAGGAAAGUCCAAACUGUGCAAUUCAGUGAAGAAUCUAUAGCCUCAAAGAUUACUGAUAGAGUCAAGAAAUAGUUUGAAAUUAAUGGUAUAAUUGAGAAUGUCCAAUUAUAAAGACAAAAAUGAAAGAAUGCAGACAGUGGACAUUCUAUGAAAUUAUCAUGUGAGUAUGUUCUGUAUUAGGUAGGCUGUUAAUUGAACAUAAUGCCCAUGUUAAAAUGUCCUUUAUCUAAUUAUGUGAGAUAAUUUAAAACCAUUGAUUUCAAAAACAAAUUCUUGUAUCCUGUAAAUAAUGCUUUUGUAUUCUUGUGUGUCACUGUUAUGUCUUGUACAAAUGUGUUGUGAUUGUAAAUGAAUGUUAACAAAUCAGCACAUCAAUGAAAAGAAUCAGUAAAUACAAAGACAUUUCUGCAAUUGUUGUAAUAAACAAAUAUCUUUGAAAUUCAAAUAAUGACACUCCUUUGUCACACUAAAAUAACAUUGUGAAAAUAGACUUUGGUUAGGAGAUCCAAAAUACACUGUAUGUAAAAAGAAAGAGGAACGUCAAGAACUAAUUAGAAAGGAGUGUAGUGCUGUUAUGAAAUAAUAGUGUGAGAAAGGUCUAUCAUGUAUACUUAGCUAUAUCAAUAAAUUAUCUGCUUGAAAAGUAGCCAUUCAUAUUGCGUUUGGAUGCAUUUUUAAAUGAUAUUUUUCUAAGCAAAUAAAAUUGUGGCCAGUCCACCAUCUUUUGUCCAUGGUCAUGCAUGAGAAUUUUCAUUAUUCAUGUAAAUUAUUAAGUUUAUUUACAAGUAUUAUUAAUAUUGCCCUUAUAAUACUUUUUUAAUGUACAUGUAAUAUAAUAUAUCCUGAAACCUUUUUUGAAAAUGGAACAUUUGAAUUUUUGGUUAUCUGCAUGUAUUCCUUUAAGAACAAAAGCAGACUUAUCUUGAUAAAAAAACUGUGUUGUCUCGUGUUGUGAAGAAGACCGUAUAUUAGUUACAUAAAAAUAGUGAAUCAAUGCUAAUUUUUGCAAAUGUAAAAUAUGGUAUAUAAAUUAUAUGUAAUGCUUCAAAUGUGCACGGAAGACGCCUUCCRUGGAKCACAAGAAUAAGAUAGUUAGCACUGUCAGCAGAUACUAGUAUUUGUCACCUUGUUGUUUUGCCCACAAGAUAAAUGUUAAUAAGCACAUUUUAACACCUUAGAUCCUGAGGAUAAUCAGCCAGCAGUAUUCUUUUUUGAGUAAUUUUCUAAGGAAUAUAAAAAUUGUUAAGUUACAGAACAUUAUAGUUUUUUUCUUAGUUUCAAUUCUUGCUUUAUUGUUUUGAAGAAAAGGUAGUUUUCAUGCUCAAACUGAAGUGAGAGAAAUGUAAUGCAAAAGGCUGAACGUACAUAUUCUUACAUUUUCCCAAGAUUUCCCAUUUCAAUUUUUACAUUGUGCUUAUAAUAUUUUUGUUAAAUCUCUAGGGAAAACAGCUAGUAAUAAAUACUUUAUUUUCUGACUAGAAGUUCAAACAUUUAUUUGGACUCUGCAACACAUKAUAAGAAAGAUUUCUAUUGUUAAAAAUGCUGUGUCAUUGUAUGCAAGCACAGUUUGUGAAGAAAUAUUACUGCCAUUUGUCAAUGUUUACCACACAAUUAUAUUUGUGUAUAUUGUUAUAUGCUACUGUCUUAUUUUGACAAGAGAAACUUCAUCAGGCAAAAUAAUAAUAUAUGUAUAUUAAUUAUUUAUGUUGGCAUAUUGUAGAAAUAUUGUUUUUGCCCUGUAGAGAGAUGUGUAGCAUAGCAACAAUGCACAUAUUAAUUUGGUGUUGAAGCUCAAUUGCAAAUGGCAGUAGAUCUGUAAUUGACUCGCAAAACAUUUGGAAGCAGUUAGAAACCUGUGUGAUCAAAAGGAUUGUUUUGCUGAAUCUGAAGAAUCAAAAACCAGAUUUCAAACAUCAGAGCUAGUUGUUUCCAAGUUAUCUGAGUGCUUACUUAGUKUUAGAUUUUGAUAAGCAAAGGAACUGGUUCGAGUGACUUGGAGUCCAAAUCAAAUGUAUAAAUCUGAACAUAGUAAAAUUAAUACAAAUUGCCUAGUAUAAGAAUAAGCAUAGUUAAAAGGCAUAUACAAUUUUGGACCAUCACAUUUGAUAUCAAGGACAACUGGGUUCCAUCAUUUCACAUUUCCUAAAAAAUUGUCAUACAGCAAUCUGYAGUAAUUGUCCACUUGCACUUGAUUGAAAUGCAGUUUUGUAUGGAGGGAUAUGUCGUCAAAAAAUUUAACUUUGGUUUUCUCUUCCAUAUAAAACUGAAUUCAGAUGACAUGCAAGAUGUACCAAUAUUACCUAGCUGAAAACAUGUGAUGCUGCAAAACUUUAUUUUACUUUUCGUUCAUGUCUAAAAUGAAUAUUUUUGUAGAAUCAGGGUGUAUUAUUUUAGUCAACUGAGAUAUGGGUAUCUUUAAACAGAACAUAAAAAUAGCUGAAUGCAUAUUUUAAUGGCAUACUAUUUUAUACUCACCCAGGGAAUAAAUGAAUAGUUACCUCGUGGUAAUUAUUUAUCUAUCUAUCUAUAAAUCUAUCAUCACUUUUUUCACUGUUUCAUAUGUAUGGUAAGUUAUUUGGGCAAAAGUCUUUACAACAUUUAUUUCACAAAAGGAGAAUACUUCAUUUUCGAUUCAAAGCGAGUAACUGCUGUUCUAGUUGACAGCAGAUUCUCUUGUACAUGUUCAAUGGUGUUCCCUGUAUUCCCAGAAGGAUUAAACCUUAGGUCUAAUGGGAAUAGAGGGUUUKUCUCAACUCGGAGAAAAUUCAAAUUUUCAAGGCUGUUGUAAUAACGGCAUUUUCUUGUUCUCUCUCUUGUAUUUGUUAAUAUUUUGCGCAGGAGAAUCUGUGAUCAAGUAAAGCAGCAGUUUUUCGCUUUUAAUUUGAAAAUGGAGAAUUAAGCAUAACUGCCCAAAAUUUAUCCAAUGACUCGGGAACUUUUCCAAAAUGUCAAUGCAACAUGCAGUUCUUCUAUAAGAACUCACAACUGGACAAACAUUUGAGCUAUUUUACYAUCGCUCUGGUUCUGUCUGCUUCAAAUUCCUAAGUCUAUUAUUUGUUCAUAGAAACAGUGGGAAGAAGUUUGAAUUUAUUGACUGAGUACGUAGAUGACUAACAGCUAUGAUUUUGCACUGAACCAAUUCAUCAAUGAAUGUACUAGCCUCUUUUGCAGGUAGAGUUUUUGGUUUCGGUUUCAACAAACCCUAUCUUGAAUGGAACAUCUGAYYAAGGAGUAACAACGAGAAUUUGAACUCCAAUGUCUUUUCCCAUUCAUKGGAAGCAGAAUUUUGGCUGCMACUGAGGCUUGUACACARUUGUGCAAUACUCCAUUUUACAUUUCAAGUGUCAACUUCAAAGAUAUUAGCUGAARCAUUGCAUCAAAGUUUUAACCUUACAAUGAUUUUGUAUAUAUCUCUUGUCGGUUGUCUAGAUUCAAUGCAAUGGCUCAGUUAUCUUUCAAGAUGAUGCAAGAAAUGUGAAAGUGACUAUUAGGCAGUACAUUUAUAUAGUACUUAACACCAGAUCACUACAUGUAUUUCAUUUUWCACCCAUAAUGCACCUUGAGAGAAUCUCAAAUUAUUUAACUGUAUACUAUAACAUAACAAAUGAAAUGCCAAUCAAUAAAUAUUUGUUUUGUAUAAAA